UCCAGGCUUUGACCAAUGUGAUGGACAGCGACAGACUGAGUCCUGAGAGAGAGAGAGAGACACCGCCUCACUGGAGAAGCUGCAAGUUAAUGAUCGACCCUGCUUUGACCAAAGGACUCUACAAAGUCUACCGUUAUGAUGGACAUGCGUUUAACAUCCCUGUGCAGGACUUAGGUCUUUUUCCCGUGGACUGUGUCAGAGAUCCACGCAUCAGCCGCCCGUGGAGCAAGAGCAGCAAGACCGAGCUGUCAGUGCCAAAAUUCAAGGUGGACGAGUGGUACGUCGGUCCCGUUCUCCCCAAGGAAGUGACCUUUUCCAGGUUGAAUGACAACGUGAAGGAGCCCUUCCUGACAAACAUGUGCAGCAAGUAUGGGAACACGGAGGAGGUGGAGAUAUUCUACAACCCCAAAAACAGGAAGCAUCUAGGGCUCGCGAAGGUCGUGUUCGACAGCGUGCGUGCGGCGAGGGACGCCGCCGAGCAGCUGCAUCAGACGUCAGUGAUGGGCAACAUCAUCCACGUGGAAAUCGACCCUAAAGGAGAAAACAGGGCUCGGUAUCUGCAGCUCCUCCUGCGCGGUCUCUACACGCCGUGGACGUUGCCCGUUGGCAGCAGCGAGCAGGAUCUGCAGAGCUUGGUCGACAGUUUGCCGGGCGGCAAAGCCACCCAGCAGCAGGGGAGUGUCUGCAGCCCCACCAGCAUUGCCACACCCCUCUCUAUGGACACCGCGUACUCCAGUAUUUGGCAAGAUACACCUUGCAGCUUCAGGCUCACGCCGCGUUCUCAGGGAACGCCCCUCACACCGUGCCUGUCCGCGACUCCUCUUUCCCAGGACUCCUGCUACUCCAGCCUUCAGGCGACUCCGGUCCUCCAGGGGGAGCCGUCCAACUUUACCGUCCACAAACACUUGAGACAAGAGCUCUGCCGUCACAAGCGCUCCAGGUACGAGCACAGAGCCGCCGGCAAAGUCUCCGACACCAAGUUCCUCCUGAAGCACUGCCCGGCGUACGUCCUCUCCUCGCAGUCGCACGCGAGUGGUCAGCAGGCGGCGCUGUGGGGCCCCGGCGCUCCGUCCUUCACUGACAACAACACAGAACCAACCUUUGACUGUCAGGACUCCAGAGACAGCAACGCGGCUCCAUCUGACGCCGUCCCGAGCUUUGAUUUUACAGCCGAGCAGCAGCAGACUCCUGAAGACCACGUCUUCUGUCCGUCUGUCAUCAACCGUUCGUCCGACAGCUCUCGGCCGGAGGCGGAGAGUCUCGACUCCCGCAUUGAAAACCUGCUAACAAACAGCAGCCGGAGCGCAGAGCUCUCAGAGGGCGAGGUUCUCUCGCAGCCGACGUCGCCCUGCUCGGCUCAGAACUCCCCGUUCUCGGACGACUCUCUCGCGUGCUCGCCUACGUCUUGUGUCCCCCCGACGUCCGACCGCGUCCACGUCCGUCUCACGCCCAGUGACGACGAAGAGGACGAGACAAGUCGAGCCGUUUCAUUCCUGACGAGGAACUCCCAGUCUCCCACUGACUUCAACACAGAUGAUGCAAAAGGGUUCCAGUCGUCAUCUCAUCCACAGGAGAAUCAUGCCACAGCUGAGGCUGAGGGACAUUUGAGUAAGAGGUCGACGCCAUCGAAGGACAACUCCUCUCUCUCUCACCUCGGCCCCAGACUUCCUCGAGCAGUUACAGCGGGAAACUCUCACCCACCUGUUCCAUCUUUCCCUUUCCCCAUUCCUCCCUUUCCUCCGUCACUCCCCCCCGUCCCCCCUCGCCUGCCAAAUGGUUCCAUCCCCAUCCCGCCUCCAGGCUGGACCCGCCCCCCUGCGUAUCUGACAGGAAUCCCCAUUCCUCCUCCAUCGAAUCCUCCGCCGCCAGCAUUUUUGGGACCGCCUCCGCCUUUGAUGGUCCCGCCCUCGGUUCCGCCUCCUGUGCCCACAUACCACUUCUCUAUGUCACACCCUCCACCGCCCUGGCCCGCUCCUCCUUUCCCCAGGUUCAACCCGUUUGUACCUCCACCACCACCACCACCACGACCGCCACUGUAUGACCCUCACAAGGUCACGGUGGAAAAAGUCCUCGAGGUCGUCACGGACGAGUUGAAGUCCAUCAUUAAGAAGGACAUCGUGCGGCGGAUGAUUGAAGGCGUGUCUUUCAGGGUGUUUGAGGAGUGGUGGGACGGCCAGGAGAAGAAACAGCAGGUACGUCCUUCACCCUCUGUGCUCUGUGCUCUCAUCACCAAACCAUUGAACGCGUUUGUUAAAGUUUCUCCGGUGAAGAACGGCGUUCUGGAGCAGACGCACAAACAAAUCCACCUCCUCGGUCACAUGAGCAAAAAACCUCCUUUGCCGUCGUUCAAGGUGAAAAGGAAAACGGCGAGCGACCCUGCGUCGUUGAAAGACACAGACGGCGCGUUGUCCUCGUCCGAUGUGAAGCAGGCGGAGGACGUGCCGCAGGCGGAGGACGCGCCGCAGGCGGAAGACGCGGCGCAGCCUGCACCUGAGGGGCCUAAACGCAGACAUGCCAGACCGCACGCACUAGACAGUGACGACGACGGCGGGGAAGGGGAAGAAGCGGACGACUCAGGGCGAGGGGAAGUGACAACAGCGGGCAAGGUGGACGCUGUUGUGCUGGACAGCUGUGCUUCUCCAAAGCUGUCUCACAGAGAUGAUGGCGAGGAUGAUUACGAUGAAGAUGACAGUAUUCAAACCCAGCUUGAGAAUGAAGUGGCACAGAAGCCCAGAGAGGGCGACGCGGCCGUCACCUCCCACGUCCCUGACGGAUCACACGGCGGCGCGUUAGAGUCUGUGUCAGAGUACAGCUCCUCGGGGGAAAGUGAGCACUCCUCAGACAUCCGCUCCCCCGACUCCUUCUCCUCAGACAGCUUCGAGGACUCGUCCUGCUCCAACCUCAGUCUAGAAGACGAUGACGAGGAGGAUGACGGGAGUUGCAUCGUGAUAUCGUCGGAGGACGAAUCGAUGGAGCUGGAGCCUCCUCUUCACCCCUCAGCUGCCCCGCUUACCCCCGGCACUCUGCUGGAUCUCUGUCUGCAGGACGUGUCUCACACUUUCCGGGUGCAGCGGCAGCGUGACGAGAACCGGUACCCGUCCUGUCCACACGACACCCGCCACUUACAGGAUCUGAUGGACCCUCAAACCAGUCGACUCCAGGAUCCACAGCCCCCGUCGCCUCUAGGAUUUACAGUUGAACCGUAUCUGGAUGUGGACCUGCAGAGCCCUCAGUGGACGGUGGCGUCUCCAGAGAUCACGGAGAGCCUGAGGCCUCUCACGCCCACCGGGUGCCUGCUGGACAGCGACCCCGACCUCCUGAUGAAAAGCAAACCCACAUCUCCUGCUGUGGAGGAGGUCGAGCGGCCGCAGACGCCGGGCCGGGGCACGGAGGCUGAACCGGGAAGCGAGGACUUGUGUGAGGCCGGUGAAUACCCGCCUCUCUCACCAAUGAGCGGCGAACUGGUUCACGUUCCCUCCGAGCCUCCCGCCGCCUCCUACCAUUUAUACCAGGAGGUACCGAAAACCCCCGGCAGGGAGGAGAGAAGCGGAUGGAGUCAGUUCAGCUCUGCGAGAGCUCCGGCAACGCCGGGCAGAGAGACGACACUGUCAGACGGUAGCGCAGCCAUGUGUUCGCCGCUGAGCAGCCCACCACCUGUUCCAUCUAUGUGCAGCAAUCCUUAUACAACAGCCCCGAAGACUCCUGGAAGAGACAUCGUCCUACCUCGAAGAGCAGCCGUCUACAGGAGGACAGCACGCAGCGUCGCCUCCUCUCAGGUGAUGUUAUCUGACAGAGGCUUCCCCAUGAACGCGUCCUCCUCGCCUCGCAGCCUCUCCGAUUCCUCUCUGGACGCCGCUGACGUGUUGAUCACGUCGCGUAUGAGAACGGAGCCCUUACGGGGACUGGAGAACGUGCUCGGCGUUCUGCACAAGGAGAACUCGUCGUCGUUUCGGCGGAAACAGUGGAGAAGGUUAAAGAGGACGCUGCAUCGUCAGAAGUCUCUCAAAAGGAUCGCCGGUCCGUGCCGAUACCGCGGUCGUUCGCGGUGCAGGGAGCGGAGGAUCCUUCACAGCGUUUGGACGGAAGGUCUGGAUGAAGAAGAUGCGAGGCUGCUGCGGUGCACGUACGACAGGCUGCAGGAGCACGAUAACGGCUUUGGAUGGCUCAAUGACACAGUCUGGAUCCCCCACCCUCAUAUCCUUGUGACAAAAGUUCAUUACAAUAGAACUCUAUUGUGUUUAUUGCACUUUAACUGUUGCUCACUCACUAAAGUGGUCACAGAGAACAGCGACGAACACCAACACUGGCGGCCGAAGCACAGGAGCGGCUGCGCUCGCUGCGAAGGUUUCUAUCAAAUCAGCAGGAAGGACAAACUGAAAUACCUCGGACUGACGGAGCCGGACGCUGAGCUUCCGUCCACCAGAUCUCAGGGAACGUCGGUGCGCGCCGGGUCUGACUUCAGGUCUGAACAGCGCCGCCUGCUGUCCUCUUUCAGCUGCGACAGUGACCUGGUUAAGUUCAACCAGCUGAAGUUUCGAAAGAAGAGGAUCUGUUUCAGCCGCAGCCACAUCCAUGAGUGGGGGCUGUUCGCCAUGGAGCCGAUCGCAGCAGAUGAGAUGGUGAUUGAGUACGUGGGUCAAAUCAUCAGACAGGUCAUCGCCGACAUGAGGGAGCAGAAAUACGAGGAGCAGGGCAUCGGGAGCAGCUAUUUGUUCCGGGUGGAUCAGGACACCAUCAUCGAUGCCACCAAAUGUGGGAAUUUGGCCAGAUUUAUCAACCACAGCUGCAAUCCUAAUUGCUACGCUAAGAUCAUCACCGUGGAGUCUCAGAAGAAGAUAGUGAUAUACUCCCGGCAGACGAUAAGCGUCAACGAGGAGCUCACGUACGACUACAAGUUCCCCAUCGAGGACACAAAGAUUCCUUGCCUGUGUGGAGCGGAAGGCUGCCGCGGCACCUUGAACUGACCUCUCGCGACGAACCGCCACGCGCUGAAGAAGAAAAAACACACAGACUCUGCACGUGUAGCCAUACAACUGCUUUAAUACUGCGGAGAAGAACACGAGCAAUAACUGAGCGGGAGGCCGCCGAGGAGCUGACGAUAAACGACGGCGACAUCAGCUGUUUUUCUGCGUCGACCUCGUUUUCAAGUGUUUUCAUUCACGAGAGCUUCAAUGUUGUUUGCUUGAGUCAAGCUUUUAUCAGUAAUAUUUGACU